GUCAGGCAGGCCAGGUCAGCAGCGUGCGGGCAGCAAGGUACCGGAGGAGCAGGCAGAGAAUGGUCAGGGUCACAAGCCGGGUUCAGCAACUAACGGGCAGCGCGGUACAGAGGAUCAGGCAGAAGGAUGGUCAGGUAAGCCAGGGGUCAAGCAGGAGACAAUCAGCAGGGUCAGGAACAAAUGCAGAGGUCGGCAACAGAAGCUUCACAGGAUCAGAUAACAGGAACAGAACAAUAAAGACCAAACAGCAAUUGACAUACCUCCUGUCCCGUUUAAAUAGCGCGCCCUGCGCUGUCAUUGGUGCCAGGCGCGUGUCCGCGAUCAUGAGUGCGCAUGCGCGGCCGUCGCAAUUGCCCAGGUCCCGCUGCUCGCCGGCUAGAGUGUAU